CCGGUAGGGGGCGAUGACGAUAAAGCGAGAGCUUAGGCUGUCGACGUUAAAGCAGGGGAUUGCAGAACUAUGUUUGUGUUGAUACCCCACUCUCCUGAAUUAUUUAUCAAAAAAUAGUUAGGUUAGGCUACGGCAUAAAAUUAAAGGCGUUUAAUUUAAAUAGGAAUGUCGGGGGGUACGCUCUUGGAGAACGCAAACCCGCUUAUCUUUCAGCGGUCUGGGGAAAGGCCGGUUACUCUAGAGGAAGAGGAUGAAAACUUUGCAGAUCCCAUCGAUGACAGGGAGGUUUUCGAUAUCCUUGCUGUUUUACCCACGGACCAAGUUAUGACGCCGAAUGUUUUAGUAUAUGCCGUGUAUCCACGUGAUGCAUAUCAUACUACGUUACACCUUAUCAGGUCCAUAAAUGACCCCGAACAUCCGCUUUCACUCGAGGAGCUCAAUGUUGUGGAGGAGAUGAGAGUUCAUGUCAAUGACCAGGCGAGUACAGUCGGAGUGGAGUUCACGCCCACGAUCCCCCACUGCAGCAUGGCUACCCUGAUUGGCCUGUCCAUCAAAGUCAAACUGCUGAGAUCACUGCCUGAUCGAUUCAAGAUUGAUGUACACAUCACACCUGGAACUCACACUGCGGAGGAAGCAGUUAACAAGCAGCUUGCAGAUAAGGAAAGAGUUGCUGCAGCUUUGGAGAACUCGCAUCUGCUAGAGGUGGUGAACCACUGCCUCAACACCAAGUCAGCGUGACCAUGCCAAGCCUUUUAUUUUUCUCCAAAAUGUCCCCUCUACAGUUUUUUUCUUUUUAUUUGGCACAACUUUUUGAAUUUUGUAUUGUGAAUAAAUAAACUUAACUAUGUUUAUUAACUAAA